CAUGUCAUUUUUUAAUGAAUUGAUGAGAGGUUAUGUUAGAGGACGAUCACGCACGAAAAGCAGAUGGUAGAUUGUGUAUUUGAGCACCUUAUCGGGCAUUAGAAGAAGAGCAAGUCAUGUAGUGGAACUAAGGAGAACACAAAAAUGGACUUCCUCUUGAACCGGUCAUCGCGAACCACUCGCCUCAGCAUGUCCAUUGAAGCGGGUGAAAACCUCUGCCAUUCCCACUCCAUCAACUUUCUCGGUCCAUCAGCCGCACAGCCUCUCUCUGUUCAAACUGUUAGGGCGGGCAGCGGCUCUGCGCCUUCAACGCUCUACAACGCAGCCUUCGCAAGGAAGCUGGGAUGGUCCCACAUUGCGUGUGCGGCCCUGUGCAUCCUGCUCGGUAUUGUGACGCUUAUCCUGAGAUGUCAAGUGGCCUGGUUAGGUUCCCCCCUCUGGUCUGGAUUAGCUUUUUUCCUGGUUGCUGGUAUUUUUGGCAUAGCUGCUGGCCCAAAUGACACAUGCACUGUUGUGUCUUUCAUGGUGAUGUCUGUGAUGUCGGCCAUAGUGGCUUUUGUGAUGCUGAUUGCCAUGCUGGUGGCUGCUAGCACAGAGUAUGCAUUCUGCAGACAUACCUGCAGUGCUGCCUACUGUACUACCGUAUGCAAUGGUCAGGCUGGUCGGAUCUCUGUAGAUGUUCUGGUUGCCAUUGUUGGUUUGAUGGAAUUCGUCAUCUCCAUCAUUUCCAUCUCUGUGUCGUGCCGUCGUACCCAGGCAUCUGUAUCCACACAAACUGUGGUUCAACAUUUUUUCCCAUCGUCCGGUGGCCGGGUGACCAUUUACACGUCUGGUCAGAACACCAGUCUGAUGACCAAUGAACAACAACAGCAGAGCCACGCCCACUUGCCAUUGCAUGUGUAUGACCACACAUCAGUGUACCCAGUGACCCUACCCGGCAGCAUCCUGACCUACCCAGAGGAACAGAGCCUGCCUUUCCAUGCCCCUGCCCAGCCCCCCACCCAGCCCACCACUCAGCCCCCCUUGCCUACCAGCCUGGACACCACUCCUUCAACUCCACCGGUAGUAGGGAUGCAUCAUCAACCCCCAUUUCCCACAGCUGGUGAUAUUAUGUAUCCAGUCGGGGAGAUCCCCGUACAGGAAGAGGUUGCUCUGCCACCAUACUCCUUGGUGCAGCAGGAUGACGCCAACACCGACAGGUCACCACCACCUCCUUUCACAUCUUACAUAGCACCAGACACCGAGCUUGCACCUGAUGGUACCGUGGUGUACCCUUAUGGAACCUCCGUGUAUCCAACCCUGCCACCACCAUAUCAAGCCAGCAGGGAGUUUCAGAAUGUGUAAGGUGUUCAUCAGAAUGUACCAUCUAUUGCCAUUUUAAAUUCAUACCUACACUAAACUAGACACCAAGUUUACACCAGAUAGCACCUUGGAGUAACUUUAUGGUACCUCUGUCUAUCCACCCCUACCACCACCAUAUCAAGCCAGCAGUGAUUUUCAGAAUGCGUAAGGUGUUAAUGAAAAUGUACCAUCCUGUUGCCAUUUUAAAUUCAUACCUACACUAAACUAGACACCCAGUUUACACCAGAUGGCACCUUGGAGUACCCAUAUGGUACCUCUGCGUAUCCAACCUUAUAAAUAUACCACCACCAUAUCCGAUUGCUGUCUCAUUAUGUAAUGAAGUUCAAUUAACAUCCUUGUAUAUAUAUAUAUAUAUAUAUACAAGUAGAUACUGCUAAUUAAAAACCUAUCUUAUGUCUGAAUUCCUUAGUUAAGACGUAGUGUAUUUCACAAUCGAUGUAAUUAACGUUGUUGAAUUAUAUUUAAUUAUGUUAAAUUAUUUUUGUUCAAUGUACUUACCUUGUUAGGCGCCUUGAGCAUCUCUUGGGGUGGAUAUGUGCGCAUUAUAAAUGUUGUUAUUAUUAUUAUUAUUAUUAACAUCUAACAUCUUUCUGAUUCAGGUUCCUUGCUUAUUCUUAUGAAUUAGAAUGAAAUUUGAUUGCAAUUAACGGCCUUACAGUUGGAGGAAAGACCCCCAAACAGCUGCAAAUUGUAUUAACUUUCGACCAGUCAUGAAUCUAUCCUGGGUUUUAAAGGGAUCCAGUAACUUUGUCUUAGAUCCUUUAAGAAAAUCCUUGAAAGAUCAUGCUGCAA